AGCCCCCGCGUCCCUCCCACUGAACUGCGGGACUGAGCCAAGCGGGCCAGGCUUUGCUGGCGACGCUGCCCGCCGCCAGGCUGGCAAGGGCCGCGGGCGCCGCGCUCGGGGCUCCAGAAGCCGCCGAUGGGAAGCGGCGCUCAAAAGGGCGAGAGACGACGCCGCGGCCACCGAUAACGCCGCGGCCACCAUGGGGAACAAGCAGACCAUCUUCACUGAAGAGCAGCUGGACAACUACCAGGACUGCACUUUCUUCAAUAAAAAGGACAUCCUCAAGAGUCUGAAACUUAACUGCCUGCAGGGUCCAACCUGCACCGUGAGCAAAGGAAGAGGGCCAGUCUCUGGAUCAUUUCUGAGGAAAUAGCUGCUCCAAGCCCCAGCAGGACCAGCAAACAGAUGCUCCACGCACGGUUCUAUGAGCUGGCCCCCAACCUUGUCCCGAUGGACUACAGGAAGAGUCCCAUCGUCCACGUGCCCAUGAGCCUCAUCAUCCAGAUGCCGGAGCUCCGGGAGAAUCCCUUCAAGGAGAGGAUCGUGGAGGCUUUCUCUGAGGAUGGCGAAGGGAAUCUCACCUUCAACGACUUUGUGGACAUGUUCUCUGUGCUCUGUGAGUCGGCACCCCGAGAGCUCAAGGCAAAUUAUGCCUUCAAGAUCUAUGACUUCAACACGGAUAAUUUCAUCUGUAAAGAAGACCUAGAGCGGACGCUGGCCCGGCUCACUAAGUCAGAGCUGGAUGAGGAUGAGGUAGUGCUUGUAUGUGACAAAGUCAUCGAGGAAGCUGACCUGGAUGGUGACGGCAAGCUGGGCUUUGCUGACUUUGAGGACAUGAUCGCCAAGGCCCCGGAUUUUCUCAGCACUUUCCACAUCCGCAUCUGAGGACACUACCAAGGCCGCAGGGGCUGAGACGUCUGCCCUCUGACCUGCUGUCUCCGCAGGUAUGGUUUUCAAUGCUUCACCAAAGGAGCUGUAGCCUCUGGAGUUCUCACCCAUGGACAUUUCCUGUGGCCCUCUCAAGCAAAAACAAAAACCAAAAACCAACCAACCAAACAAACAAAAAAAAAAACAAAUAAAAAACUUAACAGAAAUGAGGUUGUGAAGAGCAGGACCCUUCGCAGGGCCCCAGUGGUUCACCCACAAGAUCAACGGUCCCCCUAGGGGCCCCCUCAGCCGCCCCCUCGCCCAGUCCUUUUCUCACCUAGCAGGAGUGGGGCUGGAUUGUCCACAUGCUGGACAGACACCCAGUCACCCAGGGCUAAGUGCAAAAAACAAAAGAAACAAAACAAACAGAGCCUGGGGGUUUAACAAGCUAUGCAAUCUUUUACUAAAGCCAAGGCUGGGCUGUCCCCCCCCCCCCCUCUCCCUGUCCCUGUCCUUUCUCAGUGUGAAGCUGUAUAAGCAGUGGGUCCAAAGGGCUCUGCCCCUGUGUCCUGAACACUACCCUGCCCACCCUUCCCAACGACAUGGUGUCACUGGGGUGUGCUGACCUCAGGUUUGUGAAUGCCUAGGAAUAAAACACUUUUGUGUCCUGCA